AUGGACGAGUAUUACCGUUACGGCCACAAUUACCACCUACCCAUCUACGGCACAGACAUAGACGCAGAUUACCGCGAUGAGCUCCUGGAUCUUCUCUAUUAUCGAUGCUCGAAAGGACGAGAAACCCCUCAAAACCUCCUCUUGGAUCAGACUGUCUCUGACCUGGAUUCGGAUGAAGACGUGCCUGAGGCGUGGCAAGACCUUUUUCAAGACCUCGCCAGGCAGUCAGUGGACGCCCAAGAAGCACUGACCUGGGAAAGGCUGUGGGACUACGAGGACAAAUACAAUCAGCCCAUGUUAUCUGAGAAGGAUUCUGCCGAAAUAGCCUGUUUUGGUGAAGGCGGAGGAGACGAUGAAGAUUUCUGUGUCAUAUCUCCAUUAGAAAUACCCUCCUAUCUCCAACCCAGCCCCUUGACAAGUGACUCUACAUCCUCUCUAUCAGACAGCAGUCUCACCAUGGUCCUCUCGCAACCGGCCACCCGCUCUGAACGAAUCAUCGAUCCUGAAGAUCCUAACGAAGGCUCAGAUCUAGGGCUCUCUGAUUCGGAGCGUCCGGGCUUGCGUCCUCAAUACUUUGACUUCCUCCCCCCAGACCACAUCCCCAAGAGCCCUCCUAUACCAACAACCCGCGCUGAAACAAUCACAGUUACCUUGGGCAACGUGGAGGUUCCAUACACAGGCAUGAAGCAAAACAUGGAUUAUCGAAAUGUACCAUCACCAAUCAUGCAACCUAGAUCUCCAGACCAGCGUCGUCGCCAGCCAUCACUUAAAGAGUUUCGCAAGGGUCCCCAACGUCGUGAUUUCGUCGAAGAAUGCGUUGCCACAAACACCGUGGUAAAUAUACCACAAAACGAAGAAGACUACACAUAUCCCUCACCGUUACCACCACCACAACAUGCCGAGUUUACUAGACGUGCCGUUAAUCUGAUGGAUCAUCCCAGUAACUCUGACAUCUCCCUCUUUCAUAUUGGAUCGCCUGUCGCCAGUAUCGCAUCUGCACGUCGUCCUCCUUCUUUUGAUCUGCCCGUUUCAGAUGCCGCUUCGUCGCCGCCUAUUCGCAGUUACACGAACCAUCCAAACACAGAAAGGCAGUUUAUUUGGCGACUCAAUGGUGUUUGUGCGCCAGCCAUACUUUCAGUGGACGCUCCUGUAAGCAAUGAUACAAGCUGGUCUGAGCCUAGUACACCGCGGUCGGGAGGUUCGGGGAAAUCGUCUCUAGGUGGAGUAUUUGCACUUGAUGAGGAGCUAGAUCCGAAUUCACCUCACCGUUCUUGA